UUGAAGGGGGCGGGACCUGUGAACAAGGGGGCAGUGGGGGCAGGAGGGUGUAGGGUUGAAGGGGCGGGGCUUGUCCGCAGCCUCGUCCGUCCGUCACCUCCAAAAAUAACCUGCAGUCCGAUACCAGCUCUCUCUCUCUCUUUAUGUCUCUGUUUAUCUCUAUGUCGAUCCUCUGUCUGUGCUCUGUUACUGACACCCCGCCUCUUUCUCUCUCUCUCUGGAUGAGCAGCCAGUCGGUGUUGAUCGUCCAGACGAUCUGGAGCACUGUGGGACCUGAACCUCCUGAACUGGCUCUUACAGAUCAAAGACCCGAAGAGCUCUGGACAAACAGAAACUUUAAACCAUGAACAACAGACUGGACCAAAGAGGAGGAGGAGGUGGAGCAGCAGCAGCAGGAGGAGGAGGAGGAGGAGGAGAGAGGGAGUUCUUCCUCAGCACUCACCGCUGCCCUGAAGUCGACCUGCUGCCACAUCACAGCUGUCAGACACAGAUUCCUCCACCAUGUUCAGUAGUUCCUGCAGAGACAAGCCGUGAUGUCACCUGUCAAGGUCAGUCUGAGGAAAAUUACCUGGACAUCUCCUCCACCUGCCACUCUAAAGAAGAGGAGGAAGAAGAAAAGGAGGUAAAGGUGGAGGAGGAUGAAGAAGGGAGCGUCAGCGACUGGUCGGAGGAAGACCUCUCCCUCCACUUCUCUCCGUCUGUCAUCCUCCCGUCAGACGAGGAAGAGUCCAAUCCAGAAAGCGGCUUCGAGUGUAUUGACGUCACCAUGGAAACACAGGUAAAAGGUUCAGAGGGGGAGGGGCAAAAAAUGGUCCCAAAACGAUUGAUUCAACUGAAGAAGAAAAACAACAACGCUGAAAACAACACUGAGAAACUGCAGGUGAUACUGAAGGACGGACCUGCUGAAGGGGGAGGAGCUUACAGUGAGGUGUCAGCCAAUGAACUGCUCUGUCCUACCAUCCAUCGCUGCCCUGACCUGUUGCUACGGCAACACAGUAUGCCCGCCUCCCUCCACACGCACUCGACCACCAGCAGUGACGUUGAAAGCUACAGGGUCUACAGGGGCCUGGUGGGAGGGGCCAGUCCAGGAUUUGCUGUCGGAGAUGUUGGAAUGUCGCCGAGGCAGCGACUGCAGAAGUCAUUCUCUUUGGAUGAAACCAAAACAAAAAUGGCAUCCUCCAUCAUUAAGAGCGUUCUGUCAAAGAAGAUGCAGGUGGAGCAAAACACCUGGAAAACCUCCGACCUGCAGAAGAAACCUGAGAUGGGCCUCCAUCAGCAGGGGAGGGAGGGGGGAGGAGGAGGCGUGUCUAAAGCUCCAGUUCACAUGAUCAGAGAUGUGAGGAGUUUACUUAAAAACACCUACAGCCUGUCAUUCUCCACAACAACAACACAUGACAAUAACAACCAGACAUCAAAUUUCAAGUUGAUCACUCAGCAGGACAGCCCCCCCCCCACCUACCAGCAGGCGGUGGGGGUCAAAGAUUCACUGAAUGCCCGAGGACAUGUCACCAAGGUUACUGCAGCUCUCAGCCAAUCACAGGACAGGGAUCAGAGCAACAGACUCAGUCAACAAAGACGCGGCAGCGAGCCAAUGAUAAGAGAGGCGGAUGAUGUCACCUGGCCUGUCAGCAGCGACCAAUCAGGGAGAACCGGAGGUGUGAGUCACCAGGCUGGGACCUCCCUCCCCCCCUCAGUGUUUGUCCCACCCCCACCUCCCUCCUCCCUCAGACACCCCCAGGGGACCAAGCCUCCACCCUCCACCCAGGAUCAGGAUCUGGUCCUGGGGUUAGUGUCUCAGUCUGCCCCAAAAACCUCGCACCAAAUCCUACACCCAUGUUUCUACACCCCCUCCACCCUGCCGGUUUCCCCCCCCACCCUGCAGCCCCCCUCUGCCCUGCCAGUCUUCCCCCCCACCCUGCAGCCUUUCUCUGCCCUGCCGGUCUUUGCCCCCACCCUGCAGCCCCACCCGGAGAGAGUGAGCUUCAUCCGGACCGAGCUGCGGGCGGUUCCUCCGCUUCGCCUACUGAAGAGGUCUGAGGAGAACUGGUUGACUGGGAGCACUUCCGACCACCUGGACGCCUUCAUCAGGACCAGGACUGCAAGAGACCAUGACAACAACAGCAACACAGUGACACCUGCAUCACAGGAGCAACAUGAGCAACACAAGCAACAUGAGCAACAGCAACCUCAACAGCAACUUCAGCAGCAGCAGUUUCUGUGCAGCCUUCAGGGUUUCUUACCUGCACAGGUGGGCAGUGACUUCCUCAUCGAAAUCCCAGGUGCUGUUGCAGCACCUAGGGCCCUCCUCAGUAGCCCCGCCCCCCAUGGUGGUCCCGCCCCCAUACACAUGAUGCUAGAACCGAAAAGUGGGCAGUACUUCUACGUGGAUGCGCCCCCACCACCUCAGAGGAAAAUGCUGCUGGAUCCAGAAACUGGUCAGUACAUCCAGGUGUUCCUACCUGCAGCCAGAUCCGCCCCCAACACCGGCGUGUUCCCAGUGCACUGCGCAAACUCCACCCCCACUGUGACGCAAGUUUCACCCGCCAUGGUAAACCCCUCCCCCACCAUCCUGUCAGUGAUGCAGUUCCAGCCGACGGUUGCCAUCUCCUCUCUGUACGCACCACCCUGCCUCCCAUCCACACUGCACCGACCAUCAGUGAACUUCUCCCAUACAGCACCGUGAUGACAUCAUCAUCUCCAUGCAGA